GAGCGAUCGCCCGCUCUUCAAAUGUACAAAUAAGUAACAAAAAAUUUGACGCAUAUCUGGGGAGAGCGUAGUAAGACGCAACACUCCUGCUGUAAAACAAAAGUAAACGUGACAUAGUUAUGGAGAAGACAGCGGAUCAACUAGAAGUCACAGUCCAAAAAGCUGACACAAAGCUGGACCUGAUUGCAUGGAAGCUUGAGAAAUGCGAGAAAGAGUUGUUUCAUUUGGACGGCACUGAGGUUUCAGUGAUAUCACUUCUACGAGGUGUUAACCAGGUGAAGGAGGAGUAUGAGAAUCUGAGAAGAGAAAUAUCAGAAGUGCAGCAGUUACAGAAGCAGUUGUCUGAUUCUCUUAGAUUGCAGCUGCGUCAGGUACAGGGUAGGUUUGGUUCGCUUCGUGAGCGUAUAAUCAAGAGUCAGCAAAAUAACUGAAACUGUAAUUCUAUACUUCUUUCUUAUUUUUUUAUGACAUGAAAGAACCUUUUUCAAAUGAUGUAAUUGUAACAUCUUCCACAUGAGGGUUGCCAUGUUCUCCAUUGAUAAAUUUCGUAUUUACAAAUUCAUGAAGACUGUCAACUUGGUGAGGGGAGUUUUCCAGAUCUGAAUUUUGAAGACUGUAAAAAUUAAUGGCACAUUAUUAGAAAACAUUUACAUUUUGUAACUAUUAUUGUUUUAUAUGACUAUUCAUAGACAUCUGCAGCAUUGCAAAUUUUAUUGAAUACUCUGCAGAUUACAAAUACUACACAGCCAUACCUAUGAUGAGUGUGUAGGAAGUGAAAAUAUGUGAUACAUAUCUUGAGCCAGUUGGUUCACUUAUUCUUUCUAUAAUGAUGACAAAACCAAUAAAAAAAUUGUUUCUUUAAGUGUGAAGUGCAAUAGCUUAGAUAUAUUUAUUUUGUUUCAAUAUUAUUCGUAUUUACAACUAUGUCACAAAUGUCUUAAAAAUCAUAAGGUAUUUGAUGUAUGUAUUUUCAUGUUUUUGCUAUGACAUGUUUUUGAUGUGAUAUGGAAUUUCAAGGAAUAGUAAACAAUAGUUUGCCAUGGUUCUAUCAUUACAAAUAAUUCCAAGACGACAGGUAGUCUGUUUUCUGUAUGCAUUUAUGUACAUUCUGUAAGCCACAGAAAACGUGAGUGCUAUAUUUUGUGUGCUUCAUUUUAAAAACUCCAUUAAGUUUGGAGAGAUUCAGAAUCAUCAUUCAAAAAUUCUGUGUAACAUUGCAUGACUUAAAUGUCAUUAUUUGUCUUAUGUGAACUAUUUAUGCCUGUCAGCACUUGCUUUCUUGGAAUUAGGAUAAUUACAUUUUUCCUGUAGCCUACUCAUAAGAAUUAAAACAAAAAUAUCUUAUUUUGUAGAUAACUGUGUAACAACAAAAAUGUGUUUCAGUUCAGUUAAAGUUUCAAAAUGCUUAUAAAUAUCAGUGGCAUACACCAUUACUGCUACCAAUCUGGUCAUCCUAACUGAAUUCUUUCUGAGAGAUUCAUCAUUAGAGGAAUACCAAGAGACUCGGGUGCUGUAAUUUCUGUAGAGAAAUUCCUCUUCCUUUACUUGAAUUAAAGUUCCCAUGAGGCAGUUUGUGUGAUAGGUGCAAAUAAAGGAUUGUGCAGAUGCUAAUCUGUUAAUGCAUGAACGGUCAAAAUUUGUUAUACGGUAUCGGUGUUUUUGUAGCCAGGUGUCUUAUUCUGAUACCACUUGAGCAGAAACAUUAUUUUGAACCACAUUCAUUUCUUUCACUUGGAUCACUGUAACAGUUUCUUCUCACAAAACUGGUUAUCUUAUUGAUCACACUUGACACUGGAUUAGCCUGUGCUAAAUCUCCCAAUGGUUUAUUAUUAAUGAAGCUCUCAUUUGUUUGUGUUGUCGGUGAUUAUUUAGUCUAUUCUUUGAGGCCUUAAUGUUGAUUGUAUUAUUUGCAGAUGUUUGGUUAUUGCACAGCUUUGUAAUGUCUCCAUGACAUAGUUCUGUCUCUUCUCUCUCUUAAUGGUAACAAUGAAGGAAGCAUCUAAUAGCUUGAGAUUGCAUAUGAAUCUGAUGUGGUAGAGACUCAUUGAAGUAUUUAUUCAACUCUCUUAAGUCCCUUGCCUCUCAGUGUCCUCUUGUGGAACACUAUCUGUAAGGGGGUGUUAAAUAGCUUGUUUUGUAUGCAGUUAGGUAGGCACUCUAAGCUUCAUUGAGGCUGAGGUUGGCGGUGUUUUUGUGUGGCUGUUCCAUAUGUCUCCAGAUGGGCAUCUGUGUGUCACACCUUAUCAGUCAAGGUUUUGUGGUCUUCAGCUUAAUAUGCGCUUUUUAAAAACUGAAUCUUUAUCAUGCUGUAUGUUAGAACAGUCAGCUUUUU